UCUUCUUUAUUGGCCAUUCCUUUCUCUCUCGCGCUUUCAAAACUCAACGCUCCAUUACUGCAACUAAGUUCACUCUUCAGCAAUUCAGUCUUCAGCAAUGGCUUCUCAAAACCCUAAUCAAAGAAAUUCUCUCUAUCCUCAGGUAAUUGAUUCUAACCCCGAUCCUCCCUCGCCUCUCCUCAAUACCAAUCCCUCAUCCUCUUCGCAAACCACACUUUACCCCUCCAUUGACUACAACGACCUCGUUCAAAACCUCUUUCCCGAGGAUGCCUCCGCUGCUAGCUCCCCCUCCGCGCCGCUUGAGGCCACCGAGGAGGUCCUCCUCCGCAUCCCCGGCGCGAUCCUCAACCUCGUCGAUAAGGACUACAGCGUCGAGCUUGCGUGCGGUGACUUUUCCGUCAUCCGCCUCCGGCAGGGAGAAAACGCCGUCGCCGUGUACGCGCGCGUCGCCGAAGAGAUCCAAUGGCCACUGGCGAAGGAUGAGACCGCCGUGAAAGUCGACGAUUCGCACUACUUCUUCUCGUUCCGCGUCCCCAAGGGCUCCGAUCCCGGGGAGGAGGAAGAGGAUGUUCUAAGCUACGGGUUAACGAUCGCUUCGAAGGGGCAGAAGGAGCUUCUGAAGGAGCUUGACGCGGUUUUGGAGAGCUGUAGUUGCUUCUCCGUGCAGAGGGUUUCGGAGAAUGCGAAGAAGAAAGGGGAGGCUCUGGAUGGGAGCGUGGCGAAGGAGGUUUCGCCGAAAGAUUUGAAGUCGGGGAAGAAGAAGGAGAUGAUGGAGGAGCGGUGCGCUGCGUAUUGGACGACUUUGGCGCCCAAUGUGGAAGAUUAUAGUGGAACUGCUGCGAGGAUGAUCGCUGCAGGAUCUGGACAUGUGGUUAAGGGGAUCUUGUGGUGUGGGGAUGUGACCAUGGACAGGUUGGAAUGGGGGAAUCAGGUUAUGAAAAAGAAGAUCACUCCUGGUUCCAAUGCUGAGGUUAGUCCUCAGACCUUGAAGCGGAUUAAGAGGGUUAAGAGAGUUACUAAAAUGACAGAGAAAGUAGCAAAUGGUUUCCUCUCUGGGGUCGUUAAAGUGUCUGGAUUUUUCACCGGUUCAGUGGUAAACUCAAAAGCUGGAAAGAAAUUUUUCAGCUUUCUACCGGGGGAAGUUCUACUUGCAUCGUUGGAUGGAUUCAGUAAAGUGUGUGAUGCUGUUGAAGUGGCUGGAAAGAAUGUUAUGUCAACGUCAUCGACUGUGACAACCGAGCUUGUGAAUCACAGGUAUGGAGAACAAGCAGCUGAAGCGACGAGUGAAGGCUUUACUGCUGCUGGCCAUGCUUUGGGUACUGCCUGGGCUGCCUUUAAGAUCAGGAAGGCUAUCAACCCUAAGAGUGUUCUUAAACCUACAUCCAUCGCCAAAGCUGGUGCUAAAGCUGCAGCUUCUGAAUUUAAGGCUAAAAGUUCCAAGUAAUUUAUGCCUGGACUUCAAUUUAGGCUGUCCAUCCUACUAUCAGAAACUGCCACUUUGGCUUUUCAUUUCCCAACAUCAACGCGUGAUUUGUUGUUGUUGAUGUUAUCCUUCCUGUUUUCACUGUGUGAAUGGGAUUUGGAUCCUCUUUUUUUUCUAUAAUAUAGAGAAAGAUAGUUACCAUGUGAGAACCCACCAUGAUUUGUCAUGAGAUCCACUAGUUUUAUUGAAAAAGAAAAGAAAAAUCUCUCUUUAAGAAGACCAUAUAUCGAUACUGGAGAGCGUGGUAUGAUCCAAAGAUAUAUACUUGAUGUACCUGUAUAGCAACUGUAUUUAUGGCGUGGGCUGCAAGAACUUCAAAUACAUAUGGGGAUGAAUGUUCGAAAUUAAAAUAGCCUUUUAGUUCUGGUC